AUGUCAGACUCCGUGGAUCGAGUCUUCAGCCAUGCGCUCAACACGGUCAACAAAAUCCGCACCGGCUCGCAGAAGCCGCCGUCGGCGACGCGAUUACGCCUCUAUGGCCUCUACAAGCAGGCAAUGGAGGGCGAUGUGGACGGCAUCAUGGAGCGCCCCAGCGGCUCCAGCGAGCAAGACGUGCGCGCAAGGGAGAAGUGGGAUGCUUGGAAACAGCAAAAUGGGCUGUCGCGCACAGAGGCCAAGCGCAGAUACAUAACAACACUCAUCGACACGAUGCACAAGUUUGCUUCGCCGUCGCCGGAUAGUCGCGAACUUGUUGCUGAACUCGAGUUUGUUUGGGACCAGGUCAAGUCCAACGUUCCUUCCUCGUCGUCGUCUUCACCUAUGCAGACGCUCAGCCAGAUGGGGAUGCACAUGCCGCCAAGCCACUCUUAUAUGGGGGAGAGUAGGCGGGAUCACAGGAGACCGCAAGAGGAGGACGAAGAUGGCCCGUUGCAGAUCAAAAGCCCCAUGUCACAGAGCGAGGAAGAGCUGGAAGAAGAAGAAGCCGAAAUCGACGGCGAGGAAUUCGUCGACGCCCCGGACUCCCAGUACAACCCGAACGACGAUGCGGAAGUGGAAGUAGACGUCGGCGUCCAAACAGACCCCAAACUCACACAGCUCAACCCCAUGCCCAUCGACACCCCCACGCCCGCCGCACGCAUGCGCUCCAUACUCCCACAGUCCAUACCGAUGCCCAACUUCACCUCCACCCCCGCUCCAGCAAAGCCCGGCCCCCUCCCCGAGUCCGCCGCCGACAAAAAAUGGCGCGCCCGCGUCGAGCUCGCACUGCAGAAAAUGACCGCCGAGGUCGCCGCCCUGCGCGAGCAACUCGAAGCGCGGCGCCUGUUCUCACAUUCACCGCACUACCGCCUGAUACGGGGGAUAUGGCGGUGGGUGUGGGCCGCGCUGAAGCAUGUUGCCGUCGAUGUGUUCAUACUGGGCAUUGUACUGCUGUACAUGCGCAGGAAGAAGGAUACGCGAUUGGAGGGGGCGAUCAGGGUGCUUUUGGGGGAUGCAGUGGCGCAGGUACAGAAGGUUGGGGGGAGACAGUUGGGGAAGGUUAAGUUGCCGGGGUUGGGGAAGAAGGCGGGGACGUAG